AUGCUACGUUUUGAUCCUUCUUGUCUUGACAACGAGGGCUUCCUGCUGCCUGUUAACUUGACAGCACAAGGCAGGCAAAGAGUAAAGCACCUUACACGAUUAGAAAACGCCAGCAGACAGAUUCUUAUUUCGAUUGCCCAUCAUAUCAUCUCGACGUAAGGAUACACAGUCGUAUAGGAUAUCAAACGCGGAACACAGGUUAAGAUCACUGGGAGGGAGCUCCACCUCUGCAGGAGAGGGACCGAAGGAGGAAGUCACCUUGUCAUUGUGCAAGCAAACCGGUUUGGGUGUCUGCAGCAGCACAACACACGGGAGGAGCCCGCCGGAUCCGCACUGUUGCGUCGGUGUAGACAUGGUCAGAACUUCCACCAUGGUGCUGAACGGAAACCUCACGGUGCAGAUGAACCAGACUAUUCUGCAGAACGGAAAGCAGAGGAAAAACGGGCAUGUCAACGGCGAAAAACGGACAAACUUCCCCGCGGCAAAGGGGGUGUCGUGCCGGCAGUACAGCCCCGAGUCCUUCGAGCAAGCCCCCAUGUACGUGGCCGUCCUGACGUACCUGGGCUUUGGCAUCGUCACUCUGUUCGGCUACUUCAGAGACUUCCUCCUCCGAGCCGUUGGCUUAGAGACUAGUGCCACCUCGCCCAGGAGAGGGAGGGAGGAACAGAAGGAGUUUGUGCCGAUGUAUCAGGACUUCGAGAACUUCUACACGCGGAACCUGUACAUGAGGGUCAGAGACAACUGGAACCGGCCCAUAUGCAGUCUGCCAGGGCCUGCCUUCGAUCUGAUGGAGAGGGUGUCUGACGAUUACAACUGGACUUUCAGGCUUACAGGGAAGACGAUAGAGAACGUGAUCAACAUGGGCUCCUACAAUUACCUCGGCUUCGCGGAGAACAACGAGGACUUCCUCAAGACGGUGGCGGACAAGACUCUCCAGUAUGGGGUGGGCGUCUGCAGCUCGCGGCAGGAAGUGGGGAACCUCAGCAGCCACGAAGAGCUGGAGCGCCUGGUGGCCGACUUCCUGGGCGUUGAGUCUGCCAUGACCUUCGGCAUGGGCUUCGCCACCAACUCCAUGAAUAUCCCGGCGCUCGUUAGCAAGGGCUGUUUGAUACUCAGCGACGAGCUGAACCACACCUCCCUCAUCCUUGGGGCCCGUCUGUCGGGGGCCACCAUCCGGGUGUUCAAGCACAACAACAUGCACAGCCUAGAGAAGAUGCUGAGGGAUGCGGUGUGCUCGGGACAGCCUCGCACCCAUCGGCCCUGGAGGAAGAUCCUCAUCAUGGUGGAGGGCAUCUACAGUAUGGAGGGCUCGGUGGCGCGGCUCCCAGAGAUCGUGGCCCUGAAGAAGAAGUACAAGGCGUACCUGUACCUGGACGAGGCCCACAGCAUCGGGGCGGUGGGGCCCACGGGGCGCGGCGUGACAGAGCUGUUCCGGCUCAACCCCGCCGACGUGGACGUCAUGAUGGGCACCUUCACCAAGAGCUUCGGGGCGGCCGGGGGCUACAUCGCCGGAAACAAGGAGCUGGUGAACUACCUUCGGAGCCACUCCCACAGCGCUGUCUACGCCACGGCCAUGUGCCCCCCCGUGGUGGAGCAGAUCGUCCGGGCCAUGAAGUGCAUCAUGGGAGUAGACGGGAACACAGUGGGCAUACAGCGGAUCCGGCAGCUGGCGGAGAACACACGCUACUUCAGGUCUCGGCUGAAGGAGAUGGGCUUCAUCAUCUAUGGGAACGACAGCUCGCCCGUGGUCCCCAUCCUGCUCUACAUGCCCGGCAAAGUAGUGGCGUUCUCCAGAGCCAUGUUGGCGAGGAAGAUCGGCGUGGUGGUGGUGGGCUUCCCGGCCACGCCCAUCACCGAGGCCCGGGCGCGCUUCUGUUUGUCCGCGGCACACACAAGGGCCAUGCUGGAUAAGGUCCUGCACCACCUGAACGAGGUCGGCGAUGACCUGUGUUUGAAGUUCUCCCGACGAAGAAUCUCCCCGCGCCCAGUGCUUCACGAGACAGACUUUGAGCUCGACAGUUGA